CAAAGUGUUUUUCGUCACGAGAUACUGAGAUAGAGCAGUCGCGAAAUUUGUUCAGUCCUGCUUCAUACCAGUCAAGUUGGCAAUUCUGGGUGUCCAACAUGAGUAAAAUGACUAAAGAAUUCGUGUUAAAAUUAUUGAAAGAAGACCGGAAAUUUAAGCCUUGCCCAAGUCAUUGGACUUUUUCCGAUUUCCAGAAUGCCGUAUUAAAGAAUACCGGCUGUAAGGACGUUGGGGAAUUGUUGAGAUCCUUCGACCGUGCCAUGACAGAAAUCUCAGGAUCAUCUGCUGACCCAAUCUCAAGACUCCCAGAAAGUCUAACGCGCUCUCUCUACCCAGUUGAUGGAGAACAAAAAGUGGAUGAUGAUGACUUUGGCAUCCGCAAGUUCUUGAAUCCAAAGGUUGUUCGUGGAACUGGACCUCGCCUCCGCCCAAUUCUCUCGACCGCCAACUUGUUUCUAGUUGUACUGAUAACUAGAUCCCCUAAUGGCAGAAACAUUCCAAGCGAUUAUUUUGAUAAAUUGCGGAAUUCUUUUUUGGAAAAUGUCCCGGCCAUCAGAAAAUUUCUCUACGACUUGAGCAGUCUGCAAUACGAAAUCCAUCUUCUUCAUGAAUGCGCCGCUGAUGAACCGAUCUCCAGUCUUGAAAGUGACAUGACAUCAGACGACAGUUCAGCCGAUGACUUUUUCGAUUUCCCAGCGAGCCAUGUUGAUUAUCUUUUCAUGUAUCAUUUCGUCGGCAACGCGAAAGUAGGGUACAUGGUUAAUUGCCCUCUGGAUCUAAAUGGCAGCAUGUUGAAUUAUGCUGCUAAUCUAAGAAAUUUGGAGAGGGGCGGAAUCAAACCUGCUGACGUGAUUUACAUGUCUCAUGGACUUGAAAUGGAUGCUGCUUCGAAUGAUUCCUUUUACGAUGUCGUUCCCAACUUUACCAUCUUUUCUGGAGACAAAAUGAUGGAGAAACUCAUAGAACUUAAUUCGCCAGAAUCUUUUGGCAUUCCGGAUAGUCACAAUUCCGCAGUGGAUGGAUUCCUGUCUGCUGCUGGAUACCGUGCCAAUAAAUAGCCCAGAUUCACCUUGAGUUUCGCAACGUGGAAGCACCAAGCAAAGCCCUCAAAAAAUGAUUUUCAGAAUUCAUGUUCAUAAUGUCGGAGAACCAAUCCAGAGAUCCCGUUUUUCUUCAGUUUUAUCUUCUCCAAGUUUACUUAACUGAUCUCAUUCAGUAUUGUACUGCGUGUAUUUUUUCAUAAUUAUUUCUCAUGUAACGCAUCACUUUUUCUUGGUAUUCUCGUAAGAAAAAUACACAACGAAAGGUGUUUCAGUUGCUU